CACACCCUCGUUUUCCUCCAGGUAUUCAAAAAGGCACACCUGUUUUGAGGGACUUCAGCGCUCAGUUCCUACCCCCAAAAAAGGUAUUGAAGUGUGGGGUUUUGUUUUUAGUGGGGUACAACGUUCUGCCUUGUUCUGUAACCCUUUAUUAAAUUCAUCUCGGCUGUCCGAACCAUAAACACACGAGGGAAGUUGUUCGAUUUGGUUCCAUUUUACAGAACAGUAAAAUAGAUGGAAGAUACCUCAUACCCGACGUGGCCGAUGGAGAUAGGGAGACCAGCGUUGUGUUAAGGCAGUGUAUAAGUCAGCUCUGUCCUAAGCAAAUUCAACUCAGCAUCCUUCAGCAUGGAGGAUUCUCCUAAUCCAAAUUGCGGUGUUUUGUUUUUUGGGGUGUGGAGGAAAUAUAUAUGCGCAGGUCAAUACAUAACUCCUGGUGAGUUGCUCCCAAGUCAGUGUGUAUAGGAUUGGAGUUUGCUAAUAUAGUCGUGAUCUGUAGUGCAAGCCUAUCCAUUUUUACUCGGAAGUAAGACCUACCUUGCACAAUGGGGCUUCCCACAAGCAGAUGAUUGCCCUGCAAAAUUUAUUCAGAAAGUAACUUUCCAAAGAGCCCCCAUACCAAUGAAAUUCUGCAGCCUCCAUCGCUGCGAUUGCUUGCAAGUCGGUCACUCGGAUUUCAACAGCUCUUUCUUUCAGAUAAGCCAGCUAAGGAUAGCAGAUUGACACACCUCAAGCCAAAGAUAUCGACGGGUCUUGCAUCCAGGAUAGGGCACUAUCAAUUCUAUUCCCUUUAAUUUCUGUUCAAAGGGGUACCGAACAUGGUGCCCUUGACACAUGGUUGGACUACAACUCCCAUCGGUCCCAGCCGAUAUGACCAAUGGUCAAGGAAGAUGGGAGUUGUAUUCUAACAGUAUUUGGAGAGCACCAUGUUAUAACAGGCACUUAAUUCAUCUUGGGUCCGUGGUGGAUCACUUAAGGAGCAGCCCAGUGAAGACAAGGGUAGGGGUGCAGAGGGGUUCACCACCUGUCCGCCGCUGUCUAUUGUAGAAGGCAUUCCAGAGGGGUGGGGAACAAAGGUGCGUAUUCCUUCUCAGGGAUGUGUCUCUUACAAGUCCCCCCACAGUGUUGGCGAGGGAUAAGAAUAGUGACAAGGGUUAUCCAAGGAAAAAAUACUGCUGAAGUUCCCACCAUCCCUGACUGUGGACUAUGCUGCCUGGUACUGAUGGAAGUUGUGGUCCAACAACAUCUGGAGGAGGAAGCAAUGGCUGCCUGUCCCAGAUUGAAGACUGUUAUAGAAGCGAGUCGUAGACUCCUUCAUUGCAGGGGGUUUAGAUGACUCUCAUUCCCCCUUCCAACUCUAUGAUUCUAUCAAAAAGCUUGAAGAGUAGAACAACUCCACUAUGACUAAGCCUUUGAGGACUAGAGUGCUUGGAAGCGGAUACAAAUGUAUAUCCUUCUUUCCGAAUCUUUGCCACAACUAUCCUGGCUCUCCUUCUGGAAAUGGACAAAAGGUCCGCCUGCUUCAUUCGUCUAUCUGAACAAAUACAUUUUUAGACCACCUUUCCUCAUAGGAACAAGAUCCCUGUCGUCCUCUCAAGAACCCUGUGAGGUAGGCUAGGCAGGGAGAGAGUGACUGGCAAGCAAGCAAGCCCGGCUGAAAUGAAUAGAAGGAAACUUGACUUCCUCGUUAAGGCGCUGCCCUCAUUUGGGAUCACUGAAAUUCAGUGGGAACUCUGCAUAUAAGAACACAGCAAGCUGCCCCGCCUCAGGUCAGAGACCCCGCCCAGCCUAGUGUCACCUGCUCUGGCUGGCAGCUGCUAUUCUCCAGGGUUUAAGGUAGGAAUAAGCUUUUCCCCAUCACUGGCUGCUUUUGACUAGUUAUGCCAGGAACUUCAGCAUGGGACCUUCGUGUGUCAGCUCCAGGUGUGGGCUCUAGCACUGGGCUAGGACUCGCUUACAUGGAUGGGCUGCUCGCGUCUUUUAGACUGGACUCCAAGCCUCGUUGGAACCGACGGGAUCCUCUGUCAGCUAAAGACUCUCAAGAAUUGGGUCGCAUACUCAGAAACUCUCCUAAUAGUUCAGCCAGGUAUCCCACCCACGUUCGACCACGGGGAAUGAGGCGCCUGUGGGCGGCCCUCAGGGUGUCUUUGAACUCCAUUUCCCGUCAGCCCCAGCCAGCAUGGCCAUUGGCCAUGGAACCUAAUAACACCUGGAGGGGCGGGGCCUACCAACUCUGUUCUGCAACCCGCAGGAUGACGUCUCCCCAGGUUCCAAGGUUCCAAGGUUAAGGCUCAGCACUCAGAGAUGACACUGGAAAGCUCAGUCGGUAGAGCAUGAGACCCUUAAUCAUGGGUUCGAGCCCCAUGUUGGGCAAAACCAUAGGACAAGAGCGGUGGAGGUCUCUCUCUGUGUGUGUGUACUAUGUCAAAGGCAUGGCAAUGGGAAAGGAGAAGGCUCUUGGCUCAGCGGUAGAGCAUCUGUCUUGUAUACAGAAGAUUCCGAGUUCAAUCCCUGGCAUCUCUAGGUAGGACCUGGAAGAGAAUCCUGAACACCUUCUGCCAGUCAACGUUGUCAAUACUGAGCUAGACGCGCGAGCAGUCUAACUCCGGAUAAGGCAGCUUCCUGCGUCCCUACGUUCUUUGCAAGGCAAAGUCUUUACAAGCAAUAAAAAAAUGGGGCAUUGUGGGGAGCGGAGGGUUGUUUCCUCGAUUUAAACUUCAACUUCCUUUCUUCCAAGCCUGGCUCUGGCUGUUCACUGGCAAGAAGACGGAGGGGGGAGGGGGAAGCGCCCGGCUGGCAAUUUCCACAUCUGUUCGCUUCACGUGACAAUCCCUCCACCCUCAGUUCCAACAUCUGGCCAAAAUCAAGCUCCUUCAGGUACCUGCUUAGCUGUGAAGCUCCCCUUUUUCAGUGCUGGCAGUAGGAUCGCCCCCCGCCCACUCUAAAUUAUGUGUCCGUCCUCACAUAAUCACAGAAAACAUAAUUUGGAACAAAAUCGGCAGCUGCGGGGGCUGGCGGUGAGCAAAAGCUGUAACACUUAAGGCUGCAAUCCUAUGCAGUUAUUUGGGACCCAACACUUGCGAAUUAUACUUUCGUGUAAACAUGCGCGUAAAAUCAAUCUGCCAUCCGAUGCGCCCGUUUGCGUACAUUCGACCGGAUGCGGCCAGUUCCUCUGCAAAGUUAAAGGGUGCGGAGUGCUGUGGAAUUCUCUCGGACUUACUCCCGAGUAAACACGCAUCGGAUCGGGCCGUGCAAAGUGAAAGAAAGUCGCAUUGACCUCCCUUCACCCUGCUGCCAUUCCGCAGCCUAUUUCCUUUGCAAGAUAACUUUCCGUUCCAAAUGCAGAAUCGUCGAGGCUUCCUUUUAGGGGAGGAAGAUUCGGAUCGGUCGGUGUUUGGUGGGUGUUUCCGCUCGAAUUCGAAUCGAGAGACCCUUACCUGUUUUAUAUUCCUUUCUCGGCACGUGCGGGUGACAACCGAGAAGGAGAAAGCGAAGUCAAGCUUCUGUCCUCCUCAGCUCUGAAGCUUUGACGUGACAACAAGCGCGUUCUCGGCGCAGCCUUGACAGUUCGAGGCCACGGCAGGCAGAUGUCAACCCGAUUUGACUGCCGAUUAGGUUACAACAAGACUGACGUCCGUUGUGAAGGCAAAGCGGCAGACGCGACUGACAUCUCUCUUUGGAAAGACUGACACCUCUCCAAAGAAAAUACGAAAGCCUGGACGCUGCCCUCAAGAUCCGUGCCUUUUACAAGGCUGACUUCGGGAGUCCCAUUGCCUUGAAUGGGACUCUCUCUUUGACCAAAGAAAAUGCCACCAGCUGCCGCCGGCGCAUUCAGCUUCUGCAGGGAAAGAUUUCCUCUUCGUCAACAAAAACCAGGCGCAUGAAAAAUCAGACAUUUUGAGCGCUUUCAAAGGGGGUCGAGUUUUUUCCUACUUCCUUGAACUUUUUAUUCUAGGGUUUUGUCACCGCAAAGAGGCUUGCGGCAUUUGGAGAGAGCGACAGAGCAAUGCAAUACGUGCCCACCCUGAAGCAAAGUCCCAUUUAGUUCCAUGGCGUUUAUUCCCAAGAAAGGGAGGCUGGCAGCAUCGCAAAUCUCUGAGGGCAUCAGAUUUCGUCCGCUGCCCAAGGAAGGUUCUGUGCCAAUUUACCUGGGAGUAAGGUCCCAGUAAGUAAGUAAGAUCGUGAAGCUGAGGCUCCAAUACUUUGGCCACCUCAUGAGAAGAGAAGACUCCCUGAGAAAGACCCUGAUGUUGGGAAAGAUUGAGGGCACACGGAGAAAAGGACGACAGAGGACGAGAUGGUUGGACAGUGUUCUCGAAGCUACAAACAUGAGUUUGACCAAGCUGUGGGAGGCAGUGGAAGACAGAAGUGCCUGGCGUGCUCUGGUCCAUGGGGUCACGAAGAGUCGCCCUUUACUUACUUCUGAGUAGAUACCAGAUUGCACUGUUAAGUCUUUUAAGAUGCCGCUCCUUUCUUGAACGGCGUGUUUCCACCCUUUCACAUCGAAUUGCAAAAAAAAAGCUUACCAUGUACGUAUGUGUAAGAUAGACCAUUUCAUACACAGCUGCGGCAAAAAGACGCAUCUGAGACUAAUCAAAAGCAGGAAGUCAUAUUGGCCAUUAGAACAAAAUUCAAACAGAGACAGUAAAAGAAGACCUUUAUUGGGAUCAAGCAAGGUUCAGAAAUGUGCCAGCUUCCCAGUAACUCAGGACUCUUCAACAGAGUAAAUUCUGAAAUGGAAUAGUUCCUUCUUCGCAACCUUCUAAGAGGUUUCAACAACAAAAAACUACUUUUUGAUCAACGCCGACAUCAUGGGUUUAAUAUCAAGCCAAAUUUCUCACCUCCACCCCUCCCGCUUGGCUUAAUAUCGAUGACAUCUCCUGGACUCUGAAGCUUGAUCACUUUCUCCUAACAUUUUGGUUGGUCAGUAUAAAAAGAGGAAUUUGUAUUCCCACCUUCAAAAGAAAAAUGGCCGUUCUGCGUUGUAAUCUAACCUGUAUUUAACCACUUUAGCCUAUUCGGAGAGUAUCUACCUGGGGGGAAAAGCUUACUUGUUUAGGAGGCAGCUUGGGGAAGACCUGCCCCCCGGAAAUGACACUAGUGUCCCUGAUGUGAAGAACACCAUUCCUCCUCAAAGCUGGCAAUUUAAGAAAGAAAGGGAAACGAGGUGGAGAUAUUCUGUAUUCAGAGAAACGCCUCUCCUCCCCUCCCCCAACAAGCGUCAUGAGGAAGAGUGCUGUAUCACACAAAAGCUGGCACACCACACCAUGAACGUCGGUCGAUUUCAUGAAGAUAUUUUUUCUCUCCCUCCCUUAUAUUAAAACCUCGUGAUCUAGAGAGAUGACAUUUUCGGAGGAAAGAGCAACCGGGUGGUUUUCUUUGGGUUUCUAAAUUGAGGGUUGGAUCUUAUGAUUCAGAACCACUUCCAGGGAUUCUAGCUGAUGAAGGACUCCUUUAACCGGUCAAAUCGACGUGGGUAUGUCGAAGCACUGUUUAGGAAAGAGAGAGAAAAGCCACUCCCCAAUACGAAACACGUUUACUGGGAAGAGAAAUGCAACUGAUGUGGAUGAGAUUUAUUCCCAAGUAAAUUAGUUCAAGGGCUGAGAUCUUCCCAUUCCAAUGUUGCUUCUUUUUAGCUGUCUGCUCUAAAGCACGUGAUUUUUAUGUAGUAGAAGCUCAGAUGGGGGGGGGGGGAAGGAUGCGACUGCUUAACUAACCUCUUUCUCGGCAUCUUUUAAAUCCAAUAUUGAUUAUUCCCAAGGAAGGCAACCCUUUCUGGAUUCGCCGAUCACGUGCUCAGUUGCUUCUAAAGUGGAAACAGGGUCUGCUGUUCAGAAGAGGGCGGGGGAUGUGGAGAGGGGGGGCAGCCUGUGCGAGUGAUUUUAACCUGCUCCACCUUGAAGUGACCUGCCAAAUGCACUUUCUUAUUUUAUAGACAUCUGGGAAUUCCAUACAUGCCUUAAACGCCAAUUACACACCUUCUUCAAAGGACACGUGCUUUGAUUUGCCAAGAACAUUUAAAGUCGGCCGAAGUUUGAAAGAAAAAAGAAAAAGCACUACUGCAAAAGAAAGAGGGGGAAAGAAAACGCAUGUUUUUUUUAAAAAAAAUGGUGGGGGAUCCUGUACAAUGUUCUCUGCCUGGAGAAAGGGGAAGCGGGGAGAUUAUGUUGUUUUGUGAACGAAUCGAUCCGGUUUGGGGCCGAAAGCUUCUAAUUUUCCAGGGUCUUCCAGACUGGAGCGGGGCCUGACCUCAUUUAUUUCGCUAAACCUAGAGGCUUUCUCUUUCUUUCUUUCUUUCUUUCUUUCUUUCUUUCCGAUGGCAUUACUUAAAGAAAAUGGACCAAGCCUGCGAUUCUAUGCACUCUCCCAUGAGCAGCACGUGCAUUAGGAUUGCAACUCCAUGCACAGUUACUCUGGAGUAAGCACUACUGAGCCGCAACCCGAGGCCUGGGAUGCGCAGGUAACCUACCUGACUCCCUUUGCUCUAUUACCGAAACAAAAGGUGUUACGCUAACUGCAAAUGCAGAAUCCCGAAUCGGAAUCGAAACCAAUAAAAGGGGAAUAAUAAUAAUAAUAAUAAUAAUAAUAAUAAUCACAAUAACCGCAAGAAAAAGGCGAAUCGCGAUCACUUAUUGCUAUUACCCGUCCUUCAAAAUGCACGCAACGAUCGAGAUAAGGCUGAAUCUGGAGGCGAGGGGUCGUGCUCUUGUGUGGUGCCAAGACCCGCUGGAGGUGCUCAUCGCCUAUCUCUGGUGCUCAGUCUCACGGUCUCGGGUGGCUUUGUGGGAUUCUCUUCCCAUGUCUCUCUGAGGUUCCUCCUCCUGACCUGAAUCUGGUCUGUUGUACCAACUGGGACCCAAGAGUCCUUGGAAGGCUUUCAAUGGAGCCUCCUCGGCGAGGAGGAAUUAAGGGUCACGGAUCCGCAUCAUGGAUGGGGAGGGAGACUGCGGCUCCUCCAGCUUUUGCUGGACUGCGACUCCCAUCAGCCCCAGUCGAUGGGAAUUGGAGUCCAGUAGCAACCAGGAAACUCAACCCGAAACGGUUUUCCAGGCUGUACUCGAAUGAGAGGGUUCUUUCCCACGAGUUUCUCACUGAACCCAAAGCCGCAGGAACAGCCUCAGUCAAGAGCUGAGAUUUACAAGUCUCGGUUGCACCCCACAAAUAAAACGUGAGCUAUCCCCAAAUCAUACCUCUCUAUGGUCUGACUCAGGGUAAGGUGCCUUUCAGGUUUACAACCUGACUCUCAGUUUACAACCUCAGUCAAGCACACAGGGGCGGCGUAAGCACAUAGAUGUGUUAAAAGCACCCACCCACCCAAGAAUCCUGGGCACUGAAACUUGUUAAGGGUGCUGCAAAUUACAGUGCUGCGAUGGGCAAACUACAGUUGCCAGGAUUCCUGGGGAGUACGCUUUACAUGUGCUUUUAAUGUAUGGUGUGUUACACAGCCACGGUAAUCAUAUUUAUAUUGACAAGGAAAGUAGGUCUCCUUGCUUAAAUAUUGAACACAUAUUACUUCGAAAUAUGUUUCCUUGACUGCCCUGGGAUUUUCUUUCACCGCUGCUUGGACGACACUCCAGCUGCGAUCCCCACCCCAUUGCUCUACCAGAGGGCUUCUAUGUAUGUAGUUCCUCAAAAGUAAUUAUCAUGGGAUUUAGUGGGAUUUACUCUCCAGUAAGUGUACUUACUGGUGGCGCUGUGGGUUAAACCACAGAGCCUAGGGCAUGCCCAUCAGAAGGUCGAGGGGCGAGCUCCCGUUGUUCGGUCCCUGCUCCUGCCAACCUAGCAGUUGGAAAGUACGCAGUGCAAGUAGAUAAAUAGGUACCGCUCAGGCGGGAAGGUAAACGGCGUUUCCGUGUGCUGCUCUGGUUCGCCAGAAGCGGCUUAGUCAUGCUGGCCACAUGACCCAGAAGCUGUACGCCGGCUCCCUCAGCCAGUAAAGCGAGAUGAGCACCGCAAUCCCAGAGUCCUCCGCGACUGGACCUAAUGGUCAGGGGUCCCUUUACCUUUUAAGUGUACCCUAAGAUGAAUCCAGGUGAAUAAUAGGACACUUUUGAGUUAACACAAUAAUGCAUAAUUUAUGUAAACCACUUAGAGGUUAUGAGGAUUGUGUGGUAUAUAAAUCCGGUUAAAUAAAUAUGAUAUAAAUUGAUGAGGGUUGUUUCCCCCCCCCCCCCCAGGGCCCUAAUAUUUGCAUGCUAAUGGAUUGCAUGGUUUGAUAUAACGUAAUUGCUUCGGUUUGGGUGUUUUAGGUAGGAUCUCCUGCCGUUCAUCAUAUACCCCAUUACAUGCUUAAGAUCCAAAACGCGUCUUCUCGAAGCCGUAGCAUUUCUCAACCUAGAUACCCGCCUAAACCAAAACCCACCCACUUAUUUACUCAGAAUAUUCCAUCCAUUUCCUGAACCUGUUCCCAAGCAGGGCUGCGGUCCAGCACCCCUUUACUUCGAGGUAAGCUCUACUCCACGAUUAUGCCAUAACGAAUUUGUCACUGCUCCACAAGACUCACAACUGUUUGUGUUUCAACAGACGAAUACAUCCCCUCCGGAAAUGAAAAUUAAAGGUAUCCCAGUGGACCCGGCCCUCCAGACUGGUUUGUGUGUGGGUGUGUAUUCUGCAACGUGUCAUCGUUGACACAAUAAUACUGAAUUACUGGUGGAGUUCCACUGGUCCGUCCACACAGUAUUCCGGUUUAUUCGUUGUUCUGCAGUGUCUUCCCAACGUUACAGCAUUACCGCGGUCUGCAGGGACGCUCUUCCGCUAUAGCUGAACAAAAGUGGCACACAAACCCGGAAUAUUUGGGGCAUAAAAAGUUACGAGACAUGCACCAAUUGGAAACGCAGCAUGCAUACCCUGAAACGUUUGCAGGAGCAAAAAGUAUUGAAAGCACGACCACCGUGAUAAGUACUAACGAUAAGGGUAGUGAAAAGACGUCUGCAGGGGCCCCGUGUCUUUAAAGUAUCUGUGCACCCUUACAUUCGUGUAAGCCCUGCUGAUCUCAAGGAGGCUGACUUCUGAGUAGACCUGCCUAGGAUCGUCCUUUAAAACAGCAAUCCUCGCAGCCCUUUACUUUGCAGCAAGCCCCAUGGAAAUCAGAAGGGCUUACUCGCGAGUAAACAUGCCCAGGACAGCGCCACCCAGCCCAAAGCCCCGUCACUGCAUGGGACGAAGUUAAGACUUAGGCACAAACUACCAUCAACGCCACCCAAAUACACGCGCCCUUCCUCCAAUUUUCAUUGGAUCUGCUUGGAUUUCCCUAACAUUUGUUGUUUCCCCGCACAUUUAAGUUUGUUUUUCAUCUCCCCUCGCCCCUCAAAAAACAACAAAAAAAACCUUUUUUUAAAAAAGAUUACAGAUGCAGGGAAAAACCGCCUGACAUCAUGAGAGCGGGGACAAACGCUCACUUUGAAGGAUUCCUGGGCAGGACUUCAAGUGAAAUCGUAUGCCUGAGAAGAAUUUGAUACUGGACUAGAGAAAAUAACUAGAUCGGCGUUUGCCAAACCGUGGAAUGUGCAAGAAGGCCCCGCGGGCGCUCUCUCUCUCUCUCUCUCUCUCUCCAGCGCGCGCGAGGGCCAAGUUGCAGCAAAAGGUUGCCUUGCUUCUAGGGCAGUAGCAACAGCCCCAGCGCCGCACACUCCAUUCCCUGCACCAGGCCACCGGCAGCCGGAGCCCUCGCUCUCUCCCCCUUUGAUUGGCAAAAAGAAAAGAAAAAGUCCCAGGAGCCUUUGCAAAAUUAAGGGGGAGGUAUGUGUGUGUGUGAAGUGGGUUGCUGGCGGGAGGGGUAUCCCAGAAUUCAUUUGUCUUCUUCCAGGUUUCUGAGUGGUCCAAGUCCUCUCGCCAGUCAUCAGAGCCCGGUUUCGCAAGAGGAUGAACACCAUGGCAACCAAACAUGGCCGGCUUCCUUAUGGGGAAGCAGAUCAGUGGGUGAGGAACGUACAAGGCUUGGGGGGCGGGGAGGGGGGGAGAGAGAGAGAAGUCAGAAAAGUUUGACUGCUCGAAAAGCAGCUUUGACUCUCCCCACCAAUUGUCAGCGAGUUUCUCAAUACUCAGAAAACUAUAGCCAUCUUUGGUUUUUAUGUUACACACAGAUCUAUCUAUCUAUCUAUCGAUCGAUCACCUUUCCUCCAAUUUAUCCUCACACUAACCAUGUAAGGUAGGUGAAACUGAGAGACCGUGGCUAGGCCUAAGUCACCCAGUGGAUAUCACCAUUGAGGGGGGCAGGGGUGCCAGCUUGAAUAAAAAAUGUGGGGGGGGAGGUAAGCCCCGCCUCACAUAAUCACAAGACAGGGAACACACACACCGUUGCUCAUCAACUUUGAGGAGGUCAGAGUCCUUAAAUAUUUUAUUUGGGGUGGGGUGGGCGAAGGGACCUCGGCACCUAGGAGUUGGCUCCUGUGGGGUGCGAACUUGAACCCUGGUCUCUCAGGUACUGACUGGUAGGCCAGCAGUCUGCACCGGCCCCCAAAAUACCCAAAGCAGGAGGCGAGCUGGAGAAUGCGAGAAUCCAUCCUAUGGCUCUUUAGUAUACCAAGCGAACGCCUUCCUGCUUCAGCUAAUCCCACAAUGUCCUAAAUCCCAAACAUUUCCCUAAAGGGCCAUCUCGACUGAGACGGCAGCAUCCGCUCCCUUCCUCCCAGGGGUGCCAACUUGAAUAAAAUAUUAGAGUGGGGUCAGGUAAACCCUGCCCCACAUAAUCAAUCACAAGACUCGGCGUAUGUACACCAUCUGAAUGGCAAUGGCCAUCAACUUUGAGGGGACCAUGCCCCCCUCAAAGAUUUUAUUGGGGGGCUGAGGGGACCUUGGCACCCAGGAGUUGGCUCCUAUAUUCCCCCACCCUCCUCCCCUCUCUGAAAGGAACAAGGGGUGAAAUAAAAAAACCGGAUAUCUACAGUUCUAUGAUCCUUUACUAAGGAAGGAUACCAAUACCACCAGCUAGCCAGCAUAAAGAGGGUGGAAGAGAAAGGUGCCUCUGGCCCCUGUUCUGAAAGGGGAGGGGGGACGGUGGCCUUCCGGACGCUGUUGGACUUCAUCUCCCAUCAGUCCCAGCCAUCGUGGCCAAUGGUCAGGGGUGAUCGGAGCUGGAGUCCAAACAAUAUUCUGGAAGGUCACCAGUUCUCCACUCUUUGUCCUAGUUGGAAACCCUCUCCAGGCGUGACGGACGUUCUCCCCACCCUCCAGCGCAACGAAUAACAUCUCAAGGCUCCCAUCCCAGGGAAAGUCGCCUGUAUUUUCAAGCACGCCCAAUGAAACCGAAGCAGGCACCCGGACGCCUUUUACCUGGAAGCGAAUCCCACUGGUGUUUGCCCUCACUUCCGCACAGAAGUAUGCAAAGAAUGACAUCGGAUCUCCUUUCAGCGCCAGAGCCUAAGGCAGCCUUUGGAAACGAGAGUACUUGGAAAUCAGUUCCGCGGGAAAUCAGCGGGCCUUACUUCCGAGUAAGCAUUGUCCAGUUCUGGCUGUAAGGCUGAGAUAAUUCUGUGCAUCUUUACUUGGCUCAAAGGGGCUCAGCUCCCCAGGAAGUGCAUUUUAGCCUUGGAGCCCUAAACAGCAAUCCUGAACAUACUUUCUUAGAAGAAAGUUAGGCUGGGGAAAAAACAGGAAGGCGGGUAGGCCUAAACGUUUGCUCAGAAGUAAGUCCCACUGGAUUCAAAAAGGGUUAGUCCCAUGUGUAGGGACCCAGGAUACAGUACUAAACAGCCCGAUCCUGUGCACAUUUACCCCCACUGAAUCCAAGGGGAAGACUUACUCCUCGCAAGCGCCUGCAGUCCGAGGAACCGAACUGAAACCAAUUCCUCUCGGAGUAUGUGAAUGAAUUCGAAUUUCAGGCGUAGGGCGUGAGCGUCAGAUUUACAUGGGGAUCCAUAGAUUUAGAAACAGGCUUCCUGAAAAACCAAUGGCAACUACCGCACACCAUCUCCACUGAUAAAUUCGGAGAUGCCAAUCGGGACAACUUUUAGGAUCAAGUCCAUUCAAGAGGGAGACUAGACAAAGGUUUUUGUACCUUACCUUUUUCAACAGCACAGACCAUGCUCUGAUUCCUGCUCUCUGCUUUCUAGCUCUCCUCCAGGUCUGAACUGGCCCCCCAGAUCUUCUGCAAUCUCAGGCCACUUCAUUUGGGGAAAUCCGGUCGAUUCCAGAGCUUGCUGGGCGACCCUGCCGAGGGUACCCUUCCUCCUUCUGACGGGGGGCGGGAGAUGGACCUCCGCAAGCCUCAAAUCCAGUUUUGUCAAAGUCCUGGCUAA